GCUGUCGACGUGCGCUAAAGCAGUCUCAAAGUGUGUGUGAGCAGCCCUUCUUCUUCUCCUGCUCUCUCUAUCUCUCUCUCUUCCUUUGUGUGUGCACAUUGCAGUGGUGCAACAAUAGCCAGCUGCGGGCUGUGUGUACAUUCAGCCGCUGGGUGUCCUCACUGUAGGCUGGGCUGUCCGUGUUUUCCGGAAGAGAGGGUGUGACACAUGGGACACAUCUCAGGUCAGCAGCUGAUCUGCAACACUUCUCGCUACGGGAUCCUGGACGUGUCUGACGCCUCUCUGAGUCUGUGUUGAUGAUCAGCUGUGAGCAGAGUGAACCAAACAGCGUCCAUCCCUCCGGAUCUCUGUGACUGGACCGCUCCAAGGGGCUCACACACGCCCGAGCACUCAUUUGGCUCUGGAGGGACGCUGAACGUUGUGACCGGAGGCUGGACCAGGUCACGUUGAUGCUGGUGGGUGCUUCCAAAUACUCUCCCCGCCACCUGCUCCUGUGCCGCUCCAACCUCUCCGCCCGCCAUGGCUAUGAGCAGUGACUCUGGCCGUGAGAGGCUGGACCCCGACACCAAGGAGCAGACUGGCAGCCUCACGGACAUCAUGGCUGCCAUGACGACGAAAGACUCAGAUGGCUCAGCUACCAACGGCGUGAGGAAUGGCGGGGCUCAGCCGGAUGGGGCUCAGGCCAAGAGGAUUCAUGCGUUGCGGCCUCACCUGACGGGGAGGAAGUUCUCGCUGCAGGAGAGAGGCACUUACAUGUCAGGUUCUGGAGGAGGAUACACACACAUAUCCCCUCGUGUGGCUCGCAGGCCCACCGUGGAGUCUAAACGUGUGUCCAUAUCAGACGCUAAUGACUGUAUCCAGUUGAACCAGUAUAAGCUGAAGAGUGAGAUUGGAAAGGGCUCCUACGGUGUGGUCAAACUCGCCUACAAUGAGGACGAUGACAAACAUUAUGCCAUGAAGGUGGUGUCCAAGAAGAAGUUAAUGAAGCAGUGUGGUUUUCCACGUCGCCCGCCCCCAAGGGGACCCAAAGCAGCUCAGGGAGAGCAGCCCAAAAUCUUAGGACCCCUGGAGAGGGUCUAUCAGGAGAUUGCCAUUCUCAAAAAACUGGACCAUGUCAACAUUGUCAAGCUGGUGGAGGUUCUGGAUGAUCCGGCGGAGGACAACCUUCACAUGGUGUUUGAGCUGAUGCGUAAAGGUCCAGUGAUGGAAGUGCCCUCGGACAACCCUCUGUCAGAGGAGCAGGCGAGAUUAUACUUCAGAGAUGUCAUCCUGGGCAUAGAGUACUUGCAUUACCAGAAGAUCGUCCACCGAGACAUCAAGCCUUCUAACUUGCUGCUGGGAGAUGACGGCCAUGUGAAAAUAGCAGACUUUGGGGUCAGCAACCAGUUUGAGGGCAACGAUGCUCUGCUGUCCAGCACUGCUGGCACUCCUGCAUUCAUGGCACCAGAGACCCUUUCAGACGCACGAAAGAGCUUCAGUGGAAAAGCGCUGGACGUGUGGGCCAUGGGAGUCACUCUCUACUGUUUCGUCUUUGGGAAGUGCCCAUUUAUUGACGAGUACAUAUUGGCUUUGCACAAUAAGAUAAGGACCAAGCUUGUGGAUUUCCCAGAAACACCAAAGAUCAGUGAAGAGCUGCGGACUCUGAUCUUGCGGAUGCUGGACAAGAACCCAGACACCAGGAUCACCCUCCCUGAGAUCAAGAUGGACCAGUGGGUGACCCAGGGAGGCACUGACCCCUUGCCUCUGGAGGAAGAGCACUGCUCUGUGGUUGAGGUGACAGAGGAGGACAUCCAGAACUCAGUCAAGUUCGUUCCCAGCCUCUCUGCAGUGAUUUUGGUAAGAGCCAUGCUGAGGAAGCGCUCCUUCAGUAACCCCUUUGAGUGUCCGAGCAGGAGAGAGGAGAGGUCCAUGUCGGCACCUGGUAGCCUGCUCAUGGACUCGUGGCCUUUCCGGCCCACUUUAAAACUUCACCCCUCACUCAGAAAGAGCAGCACAGGGGAUGGACCCAGAGAAGGAGAGCUGGAGGACCUGCAUGAAGACGAGCCGUCCUCUUGAGUCUUACGACACUCCCGUCAGCAGAGCUUUGUCUUAAACGCCAUCCUUUUUACAUCCCUCUGCUUGAACCACUGUGUGCUCACCCUUUCAUCCACGCAUUUCCUUCAAAUCAGUGACGCACUGCAGAUGCAUUGUUCUAAACACUGGAGAGACUUUUAAAUCUGCUCUAUUGCUUGUAAUGGGUAACUUCAGUAUUUUUCAACAUGGACCCUAUUUUCCCAUGUUUUUGUGUCCAAGUGACUAAUAGGACUUAUAGCAUGUUUGGGCAAUCAAUGUACCUCCACUAAAAUCGCUUAUUUUUGCCACUGACAGGGUCAGAUUGUUAUUCUUUUGCCUUGUUUCCACCAACCAGUCCGGUUCACUUCAGUUCUGUUUUCUACACAUUAGAACAGUUUCCAUUGUCAAAAGUUGUUCAUGGUACCAAAAGAGACGCUCCACAUCUCUGCUGGUAGUUCAAGAGAGAAUCGCCACUCUUGCUCGACAAGGACUCAGUGCACAAACCAAUCAAUUGCGACGGAGACUGUAAACACUCCAACCUGUUCUUUUAGCUCUGAAAAUGUCAGCAUGCAACCCCGCUCUGUGGACGAUCACCGAGGUGCAAACAUUCUUCUGCAUCGUCAGUGAAGUGAAAAUACAGUAAGAGUGGUAAAAACCCUGUCUGUAUUUAAGAGUCCUGUCUGCAGUGGAAAUGCUAUAGGGUUUAGGUACAUGUCCAUACGGGUUACAUACCGGUUCUAAAGGUACUAUACUGACGGUGUUUGGUGGAAAUGCGGUUUAAGUGCCUGACAACGUUAUGGAAAGGAUCCCUACAAAGAUGAACCUUUUUUUUAAAGAGUCAAAUCUUUUGGUUUAACCAGAAACAGCCCCAAAAUUUGCUACCGCCAAACAACACCAAACAAAAGCUUCAUUCAAGGUCGACAAAAAGCGUCUUGGGUCGUCCUUGCACUGUUCCAACAGUCACAAACUCUUGGUUGGUUGAAAUGAACCCUUAAUUCCCCCUGCUUUUGUGAGUUUUUAUUGUGUCUCUGUCGACUUUGAAUAAGGUGUGUUUUACGAUGAUAAAAUUACUGUUUGGGUUUAGUGAUGGCGAUUUUGGGGCUGUUUCUGGUUUAGCAAAAAGGAUCUUACUCUUCAGAAAGGUCUAUCUCUGUAGGGAUCCCUUCCAUAAUGUUAUUAGGCACUUAGAAUAACAGUUUGAGCCUGUAUUUGGCAAAAACAAGCUCUUUCAGUGGAUGUAUAUGUAUAUGAGAACAUCCCGCGAGUGGUUACACUGCAGCCUGGUUCAAAAAUAUUGUUUCCAUUAGUCACUUAGACACAAAAACAUGGGGAAAUAAGGUCCAGGUUGAAAUAUAUCAAAGUUACCCUUUGACUUUCAGACUUUUAUGCUCAGGCUUGCUUCCGUUUUUUGCUUCCUGUCAGCAUCUGAGAACUUUUCUCACCCCAAUUUCCCCCAUUUUCCUUCUCUAAUGUUGACUCUCUGGGCUCUAAGUUUGAUCUACAAUGCUACUUAUCUUAACUACUCAACCUCUUACUGUUGUGACUGGCACCAGUGAACCGAUGAGAGGAACUCUGCCGCCUUUCUGGAUCAUUAACAGUUCAAAUUAUUGUUGUGGGAGAAAGGCACGGCCAUGUUUGUCAGCUGGUAUUACACUGUAAUGUGGGAAAAAAACUGUCAAACUUUUUCUUUCUUUCUUUCUUUCUUUCUUUUUUUUUUACACGUCUGCAUGGAUGAAUAGUUGAGUGUCAUCAUCAGGCUGUCAGUGGCCACCUGUCACAGUCAUAACCAGCCUGACGAAGAGAAUAAUCAUCACAGACUUCAGCAUGGAAAUGACACUGUAUCGCCUCCUCGGUGAACUACAGGGCUUUUUUGUUUCUGAUCAGUGAUCAGUUGUUUUAUUAUUGUACAUAGAUGUCUUGAAGUGUCAUCAGUGUUAUUGUCUCACAGCCCGAUUCUUGUAUCUGUGCCAUUAGCUUUUACUUUGGCGCUGUGAGACAAAGGUCGAGGUCCUUCCUGUGUUGCCUUGUUGAACUUCCCUAUCUAAGGGUGACCACACGGAAGGGACGGUGACUUUGCCGCGCUCGAACACAUUUCAAAGUGACUUUCAUCACUGUGUAAUGUGUAAUUAUUUCUGUGAUAGAAGUCAUUUCACGCUUCCUCACCCCUACUUUUGUUUGUCUGAUGAUUUUUGUUCUCUAACACUGUCUCUUUCCUUUCUUAUCAAACUGCGCUGUUUGAUUUGAUGUGAAGUAAUUGUAAAAGAAAUUUGGAGGUGUACGUUGUUGGAUGGUGAGUGUGCACAGACUGAUAUAAUUCCCCUCACAAAUUAGAAAUUAUUAUUAUGCAAUAUUCUUGGACGCAGAGCGGGAAUCAUCUCACUGUCAAAGUACAACAUCAGCGAGCGUUUUUAGAAGUUAUCCAGGAUAAGGGACUGUACACAAAUUACUAAGGCCGUCAGAAAAAGGGCACUGUUAUGUAUGUUGUCCUUUUGCAGAGGGAAGGUUAGCUUGCCUUUUUUGGAGGAACAGAGUAGGGCUUUUUUAUUUUCUAACAUACCAAAUUUAUAUUUCAGUAUUCCCUUGCAGAAUUAAUAAAAAAGGGAAUAAAAUUGAUGCCUCUGGUGUGCACAGUGGCUCAUAAAGAUGUACUUUGCCACAUGGAAAGGACAAAAAUCGUGUGCUUUAUGCUAUAUUGCUAUAUUUAAGAUUUUGGAUUUUAGGUUUUCAUUUAAAUAUCUCAUUGUAAAUAAGACAAGAAAGAUCCAUUAUUUUGCUGUCGGGUGAACUUGAAUGUAAAGGAAAUUUAAGCAUUUUAGAAACAUGUAAAUUGACUGCAUUUUCUUUGAAAACUACAUGAACUGAUUUAAUGGUAUGGCCCACAGCAGAUGUUGUUUUGUGCUUAUUGUGUUUGAAGUUUUUAAAAUGUGGCUACUGAUUUGACAAAAGGGUGUUAGUGAUUGUAAAAUUCACUUUAAAUUUAUGCGUUAGCGGCAAUUGUGAGAAGUAUUCUCAUAAAUAUAUGAAUUUUAUAGAUACAUGAAAGUAUGUUUGUAAAAUUUAAAUGAAAUGGAUUUUAAAUUACAUUAACAGCACUUCAAAUUCUUGAGAAGUCAAGGGUAGGGCCCAAAAAUAUAUUAAUACUGCAGGGAAGGGUUGUGCAAUUUAAAAAACAAAAAACAAAAUGUAAGAUCUAAUUCGGCUUGCUGCUUAAGUAAUUUUUGGACAGUCCCUAACUAGUUUGCCUGGCUGAGGUUUUGAAGCUAGCAGUGUAUGUUUGUGAAGCUCGGUACGCUAGUUAGUCCUGUAAGAUGCAAAUGUUGCAGAUGACUGAAAUGAACAUUGUAUUCAAGGUGGUUGGUGAACUUAAAAAAGGGACAGAUCUGUGGUUUGUUUCGUCUCUGCCGACUCAAAUCUAUGAGAACAUCUCAGCCUCCACAUGAGCUCUGCUUCAGAUCCAUGUUUUUAUCACUCCAUUUGGAUUCUUUCCUUUGGUCUGGGUUGUUGCCCCUCUGAAGGAAAGCGUGUUUGGUUGGCAGAGAGCUCUGAUCACUUGAACUGCAGUGAAAGGGAGCAUUUCAAUGUCAUGAUUAGGCCCAGGCUGCCAACAACAACACUCCACCAUCCACUUCAGUGCCGUCCCCAGUGUGGCUGAUUAGAAACGGGGAGUGCAGCGCUUUGCAUUUCCUCCAUUAAUCUUGGCCUCAGUGUCCUGCAGUGAAGGAUGCAAACUAAAGCACAGAGAACAGAGGGAUCCACAGGAUCUGAAAGGAAAAACUUUUCACAUCUUGUUAUUAAGCCCAUGUUUUUAUGGAGUCAUGUUCAGAGGCAGGGACAUUGUGUGUGUAAAUCAUGGAUUCUGUUGACAUUAGGAUGUCAACUUUAUUAUCAUGUGGGAAUGUAAAGCUUUAUAUCUUUUUAUUUUAUUUCUCUGUUAAAGAGUUGGUCAUUUGUAUAGGAUAAAUAAAUAACUUAAUGUCUAGGUGUCUAAAAUGUUUUAUACCAGCCUAGGCACCAGAGUAAAUGUUGUCAUUGGUCAUUUCUGCAAACCACAGAUACAUUACAUUUGUAUGUUUCAUACGUAUCAUGUCAGCAUAACUAAAAUGACCAUCCAACAGCAGCAGACGUGUUCGAGAAAAAAAGACAGCAACCAAUUUUUUGUUUGUUAUUUUUGGCGAUGCAUCUGGGAAUUUCCUGCCGUGUUUGUGGUGACAAAGCCUGGUAUUUUUAACGACACAUCAGUCGUGUUUGCUGCAACAAAACCUACAAAUCGGAACAGUUGUGUGGCAACAAAACUGGGAAUUUUUUGAUGACAUUUGAGAUCAUUUCCGGUUGAGUUUGUGGCAACAAAAGCAGUUGUUUCUUAGUGACCAGUUGGGACAUUUAGAGCUAUGUUUGUGGCCACAAAAGUGGGUGUUUUUAACAAGAUGUCAGGACAUUUCCAGCUGUGUUUGGUGCAACAAAACUGUUUUUUUUUUAACAAUAUGUGGCAACAUUUCCGGUUGAGUUUGUGGCACAAAACCGGGUAUUUUUUAACGAUACGUUGGGACAUCUUCCAGCCGUGUUUAUUGCAACAAAACUGCCUAUUUUUUGACAACAUGUCAGAACAUUUUCUCUGGGGUUGUGGCAACAAAACCGGGUAUUUUUUAAUGUUGGGACAUCUUCCAGCCGUUCGUUGCAACAAAACUGUGCAUCUAUUACAGAAAUGUCAGGACAUUUUCAGCCAUGUUUGUGGCAACAGAACCGGGCAUUUUUUGACGAUAUAUAAUUUCGGAUAAGUUUGUGGCGACCAAUCCGUGGAUUUUUUAACGAUACGUCCGGACAUCUUCCAGCUGUGUUUGUUGCAACAAAACUGCAAAUCUAUUAACAAAAUGUUAGGACGUUUUCAGCCAUGUUUGUGCCAACAAAAACACAUUCUUUGACAAUACGUCGGAACAUUUCCGCUGGGGUUGUGGCAACAAAACUGCACAUUUUUAAACAUGUCGGAACAUUUCCAAUGUGGAUUUUGCGCCUAGCCUAAUCACAUUAACCACAGUGUUGUCACAACAUAAAUUUGACACAUCCGCUACAUAUGAAAUGAACAAAUCUAACAUAUCCAUGUUGCAGAAGCGUACAGUGCCAACAUUUAUUCUGGCGACCAGGUGUAUGCAGUUUGAAAUAAGGCUCAUUUAUUUAAUAAUGUGGUUCUCCGUUGUGUUUGUUCCUUCUCUCUGCUGAGGAUGGUGCAGGUGAGAGGAGGCACUGAGGUCCGUUUGCAGGGAAACCUUCAAUGAAGGGCUGUUUGAACCAAAAAGUAUGAAAUUGUGUGCUCUUUCUUAUUUACGUAAAAAGGGUUUAUGAGAUUUGUUUUUUUUACUAGGUGUUGCCGGCUUUUUAUUUGUGUGUUUGUACAGACAUUUGUCUUGUCAGAGGUGCAAUAUUGUUGUUGUCUUUAUCAUUGGUGCAUUAUUGGCAUUCCCCUGCUGUCAGAGCAAGCUGCUCAUCGUUUGAACUGUAUUUUAUUAGUUGGAAAGAAAAAUACUGCUUCUAUUUAAAUAUUUGCACUUUUCCACAUUCAGAUAUUAAAGUAAUUGAAUAUUAAAAGUUAUAACACUACUGGUAGCUGCCAGCCAUUUCACAUUGUACAGUUCAUGAUCAAGGAAGAAACUGUAUGCUUCACCUGUAAAAGAGCAUAUUUACUGUGUAUCGUAUGUUCUCACAGUCUCCUGUGCUUUUGAUAUCGAUCUGCAUGUCACAGCGUUGCUACUUGGUUUUUGAGAAUUUUUAUAAACUCAAGUAUGUUUCCAGUAACUUAUUCUCCUGUCUGUGUCAGAACGCUGUAACAGCUGCAGUAACAAGGUGCUGUGCAUAUCCAUGUAACAACAGAAUUGUGAAUGUUGUGUAACUGGGACUUCUUUUACUGCUGAAAAGAUGCAUAAUGUUAAAACACUGUUGACCCCAUUAUGAGCAGAGCCCAGAGCGCAGAAGCAGCUUUAUGUUCAAAAAUCUUCUUCACAGACACAGUGAUGGAUGAUCACUAGCUGUCCUCGAAGAUGAAACAUUUAAUCCUCUGAUUAUAUGACUACUCCGAAAAUUGAACGAUGGGCAAAGGAAGAACUUUUUGGUGCAGGUUACAUCACCAUGUGGCUAUUUUUUAUUCUUGUUUUUUUACUGAUACCUUAUUCCAGAUUUGUCAAUCAAUCCAUAUACAGUAGGCCACACCUAUUCCCUACAUACCUGCAGAGAUUUCCAACCACUCAGGUGACACAUUUUUGCCAGUCUUCUCUAAAUUUCAUACAAUUUUAAAAAAUGUCUUUUUAAUGUUUAUCUAAACAUUUAAAUGAUAUCUGCACACAUUGCAUCAACUCUGAUUGAGCCCAAUGUAAUUAAUUGAAUUUUGCCUAAAGCUGGUACUACAGCCAACCCAAUUACCAAAAAACAAAAAUAUUGGCAAUGUACAUUUCUGCAAACCAUGUUACGUUUGUACGUUAUUAUGUAGCGCAGUGGUUCCCAACUGGUGGGGUCGUGUGUCCAUUCUGAAUGGACCACAGGUAUCAACUUUGUAAAAAUCACAUUUUAUUUGUAAGUACAGUGAAUUUCCAGCACAGAGCUUUUAUUCUGAAGUGCUGAUUCCUGCAGUAGUGAAUACCAAACAGCUACUUGACAGAGACAGCAAACUAGCUUGAGAAAUGGCCAAACGCAAGUAUGACGCUAAAUAUAUUUAACUGUGUGGACCGUGAACUAAUGACUAAGGAGAAA